UUUUUCAUUCACGACUUGUCAACCUGACAAGUGACACUUGCAUUCACUUGACACGGUCUAAAAUUCCUCUGGUUCACGGAGAGUAGUUUUUUUUAAGGACGUAAGCAAAGAUGUCAAAGGAAAGAGAUUAUUCUGAUUAUUUUUAUUUAAUCAUCAAAGGGAAGUAUACUAUAAAUUAUGGCCAAGAUCUUUUCGGCGUGACAGACUUUCACCUUUAGAAUCAUUCCAUCCUCGGCGACGACGAAGGGGGAGGAAGAAAGCUUGCUCCUUGUGUUCCCACGACGCCGACUGCGUCCACCGUCCAUGGAGCGCGUGUCGCCGGACGACGCUGGGCAGGAGAGGGUCAUGGCAGCCGCCAAGCAGAUCUUGAAGAGCAUGGCUGUGUCCAAGAACGCCGCCGACGACAUGAUGCACUUCCUGUCCACCUUCGACCCGCGCCUGCACCCGCUCUCCUCUCCGGAGACAGGCGAGGAGGCGGCGUCUGGCGCUGAUGACGAUCAAGAAGAACUAGAAGAGGAGAUCGCCGCCGCGGAGGAGGUCAUCCUCCGGUGGAACUCCUCCUCGUCGCCGUCGUCUGGCGGCAUGAUCGCGGACUACCUCUACGCCGUCGACGACGCCAUCGCCGCGUCCGGUCGCUCGGCCCGCGCCGCCGCCGCCGUGCACGCCGCCAUGCCGCGCCUGGAGGAGGAGGCGCGCUCCCUGCUCUCUUCCUCGUCUCCCUCCCUGCGGCGCCUGUCGCUGUCGUCGGACGACCUCGGCGGCGACGCGACGCCCGACGCGUCCCCGCGCCACGACGUCACGCUCUCCCCGACUGCCGCGGCCUCCGUGGGCGCCGUCGCGGUCCGCAUGCUGCGCGCCGGGUACGGGCCAGAGCUCGCGCAGGUGUACGUGGCCGCGCGCCGCGACGCGCUCGCGGAGUCGGUGGCGCUCCUCGGCGUCGAGGCCGUCGCCAUCGAGGAGGUGAUCCGGAUGGAGUGGUCGGCGCUCGACCAGAGGAUGCGGCGGUGGAGCCACGCCGUGAGGGCCGUGGUCAGGACCUUCCUCGCGGACGAGCGCCGCCUCUGCGACGAGGUCUUCGCGUCGGACGAGGACCUCGGCCACGAGUGCUUCGCCGACGUCGCCAGGGGAUGCGUCCUGCAGCUGCUCGCCUUCGCGGACGCGGUCGCCGUGUCGCCGCGCGCAACCGAGAAGCUGUACCGCACGCUCGGCAUGUACGAGGCGCUCGCCGACGUGCGGCCGGAGUUGGAGGCGCUCUUCGCCGCCGACGACGCGCGCGAGUUCUUCGCGGCGGAGGUCUCGAGCACCGUCCAGCAGCUGGGCUCCACCGUGCGCCACACCAUCGAGGAGUUCAGCCACGCCAUCCACGGCGAGGCGUCGCGGAAGCCCGUCCACGGCGGGGAGAUCCACCCCAUGACCCGCUACGUCCUCAACUACUGCAGCCUCCUCGCCGACUGCCGCGGCACCCUGGACGCGGUCCUCGGCGACGCCGGCCUCGACGACACAGCCACCGCAAACGACGACACCGCCGCCGCCUCGACGCCGUCCGCGCGCUGCAUCCGCGAGCUGCUCACGCUGCUGCUGCGGAACAUCGACGACAAGUCCCGGCUGUACGACGACGCCGGGCUGCAGAACAUCUUCCUGAUGAACAACCUCUACUACGUGGUGCAGAAGGUGCGGGAGUCCCCGGCACUGCGGGAGCUCGUCGGCGACGACUGGCUCCGGCGGCACCGCGGCCAGAUCCGGCAGUACGAGACCGGCUACCUGCGGGCGUCCUGGACCGCCGUGCUGUCGCAGCUGAGGAGGGACGACGGCGCGUCGGCGAGGCCGCCGGCAGGGCACAGGGCGCCGUCGGGCCCGUCGGCGAAGAGCUUCAACGCGGCGUUCCAGGAGCUGUACCGGACGCAGACGGCGUGGAAGGUGGCGGACGUCCAGCUGCGGGAGGAGCUGCGCAUCGCGGUGUCGGAGCGGCUCAUCCCGGCGUACCGGGCGUUCCUCGGGCAGGGCAGCCGGCACCCGGCGAGGCACGUCAAGUGCAGCCUCGAGGACCUCGAGGACUACAUGCUGGACUUCUUCGAAGGCGCGCAGAAGUUUGUCAGGUGGUGAUCACCGGAGCAGAGGAUCGUCUUCACACCAUCCAUUGGAGGUUGGGGUAUGCGUGCAUCAUCAUGAAUUCGUGGUGUUUGCGCUCCAAUCUCAUGAUAAUUCGAUGCUGUAGAUUUUGAUUUUUUUUUCCUCCUCUCUUCUACUAGGUUCCUUUGUCUAUUUUCACGUCAGUCAAACCACAGAUUACACUUGCAGACAGAUGUAAAUAUGCACCAAAUUCAGUAGUGUAUAUAAUCCUACUAUGUUAUUCGCCUGUUUAUGAUUUUGCUGUGGUUGUUAUGGAAGUUAAAAUGAAAAUCUUCAGGACCUGAGCAUUA